AGUAGAAAUAGUUCAAGGGGAAAUCCAGAUCCCCGGCAUUCAGUGAAAAGUUGGAUACAAUGAAGAACAUGUGUGCUCCUUGUUACCAGGAUAAUACACUCAUCUGGAGCUCUUGUCAGCAUCAAACUACAAUUGCUAAGAGAAAGUGUGGCAGAAAAACGACAUUCAUUCAUACGCAUACCUGAAAACAGAGUAACCAUGACUGGCAGGGACAAGUUGGCCACUGCAAUGUCAUCAACAGUUUUUCCCUUUGCUUAUGGUGGAAUACCAGAGUGGGAGAUGGAUGCCUUGUACGAGGACCUCAAAGACAUUCUUACAGCAGAUUCGGAUACUGAUGGGCUGGUUUUCAAAUCCUUGGAAUGGCAUCAGAAGGAUGACAAUGAUCUUGAGUCACUGCAGUCCUCCCUUAUCUGGCCAUCCAGUGAUGACAAGAAUCUUGAUGAUCUCACCUCUGAUGAACUCACCCUGGUCCCUAGUCUGGAAGAACUGCUGCCUGCUGAGUUUUUUGAGUUGACAGGUGUGGAAAACCAGGGUGGGCAACAGCAUAACUGUGUCUCCCUAGUUCACGAGACAGUAUGUCCAUCAGUCUCAGAAAAUGGAUUAAUGGAAGGCUGGAGAAGUCUUCAGUGUAACUACAUCACCACAGAGUAUGAACAGGAGUACCCAUCAGCCCCAGAAACAGAAAUUCAGACAGACUGCAGUAAACAAUGGUACAGUUGUCUCACAUCAGCGAGUGAGGAUGAGUGCCCAUCUGCCCCUGAAUCUGAUUCCAUCAGCAGUCCAUCACCCCAAAAACUGACAGAUGAUGACAUGUCCAAUGACAGAAGAAAUGAGAUGAAGAGAAAGAGAAAAAGCCAGAUGCAAGGUGGUAAGAAGAGUCGGAAGGAGAAAGAGGAGGAGAAUGAACAUAAAGUGUUGGAACUGACAGCCAAAAAUGAAAAGCUACAGGAAGAGAUUAAACGACUGACUCAGGAAGUGGAAGCAACUAGAAAGGCACUGAUAGAAAGAAUGGUUAGUCUGCAAAGGAAGUAGGCAAAUGUCUGUGAAACUGUCUUGCAAGUAAGACAUUUUUUUCUGGGAAGAAAGUGCAAACUACCCUUCUCCUGUGGCAAAAACAAAUAUGCCAAAGUGUGAGAGGAGUACACCAGAAAGGCACUGAGAGAAGGAAUGGUUAGUCUUCAGUGGAAAAAGCAAGAGCUUGUCUUUUUUAAAACUGUUGUGCAAAUAUCAGACUUUUCGAGAAGAAAGUAAGAACUACAUUUCUGUUUUAGGUAAAAAGAAACGCACAUAAAUGUGAGAGGUCACUUACCAAUGGAAUAAGUUGGCAGUCUGGCAUAAUAAGCAAUGUAACAAGCACUACUAAGAAUUUUUUUUUCAAAAAUGUGGUUAUGCUUAAUUAAAACGCACAAGUAUAUGCAAUUAUUUAACUUAAAGUUUAUAUGUGAAUAUGUAAACCAGUGCUUUUAAGUAGCAGUUUGUCAUAUUAGGAGUUCUACUUGUCUAAAUAUGGUUGAAGAGCUUGUACAAUUUGGUCUCAGCUCAUAAAAUGACAUCACAGAUCAAUCACCAAUUUAGUAUCAGGAAGCAUUUCUGUUACAUGAUGUGCAUCAGCCAUUCUUAUAGCAGCAACCAGAAAAGUUCUCAUAUCAGUGACUGAAAGGGGUUUUCUUUUUUUUUUCAGUUAUUUAAGACUUAUUUAUUAGAUGCAUGUCUUAUGCACAGUAUUGAAUGUUUGAGAAGUGGCACAGCAAUGCAAAUACAAUACACAAAAACAGUAUAGUAAUGAUUCACUGCAAGAUAUUUAGGGUGGUAUAUGGUUAUGCUAGAUAUAUGAAUUAUGUUGUGUUAAAGGAGCACACAGGUAGAGAUGGUCUUACCUGAAGUAAUCCAGCUGAACCUUUGCCAGCAAAUGAAUCACUCAUUGUUACUGUGCUACUUGUUUAAAAGAAUGUAUUUUUGAAAAGACCGCACAAGAGCCUGAAGAAACACAAACAGCCUCACUAUAGUAAUUAGAGGCGUUUCAUCCUUGGUGGUACUACAAGGUUACUUGCCAACUUUUGUUGUAGCAGUAGAAUAUCAUUGGAAUGUGGACAAUGCUGUCAUUAUCGUUGGAUGGUUGCCAGCUAUAAGUAAGCUUGAUGGUGCCCUUAGUGCAGCAUUUCUUGAGCUUUCAGAACUGUUUGCCAAUAUUGUUGGCUGAUGGCAGUGUGUUAUCGGGGUCUAUAUUAUAUGAACAAAAGUUCAUAAUCUCGAACGCUCUGAAGAGCGAAAAUGCCGAACCUGGAAGAGCUUCUUGUGGGAUCGUAGUACAGUGAAGGUCGGAAUACUUGCCCUUUCCUCAAUGUAGUGCAAUCUCUGAGUUGGUAUAUAUAUUUAGCGGGGGGUGUGAGGGGGGGGCACAACCCCCCCCCCACAAUAAGGAGUUCGAGGUCCGGCAUUUUUGCUCUUUAGAGUGUUUGAGAGUAUGAACUUCCACUCAUAUAAUAUAGACCCUGUUAUAGUACCAGUCUGUAUCCCUGUUAGGAGACCACCCUAAUCAUUAGGUAGUUGACUGCAGCAGAAGGAGAUCAUCUCAAAGAUAGUUAUUUUUACUUAGGCAACAAGUGAGAGGUUCUGGUUAGAGGACAGACAGGCUGCAAGCUAGAGUGGUAGCCUUAAUAGAUUUAUGAAUGCCGGUGGGGCAUUGCAUAUCAGUUACUUUUUGCAUGUCAAGUCUGAUGUAGAAAAAAAUGUCAGUGUUGGGGCUGUGGGGAAAAGCUUCUUGCCUUGCAAAUGACCCAAGAGAGAGAGACUUUCAAGGCUAAAUGUAAACUGAGGCAUGAGGGUCUCAUCAUGUUCCUUGGGCUGAUGAUUAAGUGAGUCAAAUGUUUUAUAUGACAGUGCCAGUGCAUUUAGGUUCAAGAAGUAGGAUUGUUUUCUAUUGUAGGACUGAACAGAGCAACUACUAAGCUGCCAAAAAACUUGAAAGUAUAUUUUUACUCUAUAGCUCCUGAACUCUCAUCACCUUCCAUUUUGAUAGAACUCCAAAUCUAAGUAUACAUAAAGACUGCCAUAUUUGCUGUGAAGUAAACUAAUGUUUUCAGGUUAUUUUUUUCUCCUUGCCUGUAGACCAUUAGUCCUCCUGCAGUUAGGUUUGAGCCCAUUUGUCCCUGGGAGGUGAUGGGUUAGGCACCGUAACAAGGCGAGAGCCAGAUGGAGGGAGAGAGGUAUCAGUCAGGCAGACACAAAAGUUGUUUGUCACCCUUGUCUGCAUCUUUCCUCCACAUAUCUGGGGAUGAUUGCACUCAUCGCAACAGUUUGAGGGUCUGGCUUUACCUGCCUACACACGGAAUGUGACCAUGCAGAAUCUAGGGUUCAAUACACAGCAUCCCUACUUCCUUGCUUAUCUACAUAACUUAAAUGUAGGCAUUAAAUGUGUUUCUAUUAAUCCUUACCCCUGCUUAUGCUGUUUGACAUGAGCACCCAGAUCACUGUGGAGUCUACAAUGCCUUCCCCUCAGGUGUGCUUUUUCCUCACCCAUGUUAAUGAAGACUACUAUUACCAGUUUGGUAGUGCCAAGACCAUAUUUCCUGCUAAUGUCUGUUAGUGUCACUUGCAAGCCUAUACUGCGUGGUGGCAAGCAGACAGUUUAGAUGACCACUUCCAGACCCCAGUAUUAGUCACUCACUCCCAUCCUUCCCCACCUGGCCACUCUCAACACCUGAGAUGCUAUUAAAACUAAAGUAAUCUGGGUCACAUUCAGGACAUCACCCCCUCUCUGCCACAGAGUUGGACAAAGUAAACUUAUUUUACAUAAUUUUCCCUCUAAAGUUUUAUCUAGCUAAACUUAGUUUUACUGAAGUAAUCGGGGAAGUGUGUGAUGGGUACUGAAUAAUGAAUACUGUGAAGUGAAAAUAGUAUCCUUUAUCAAAACUUAUAGUAAAUACUUUUUGACAUUUUACAUUAUAAAUAAUGCAAUCAAUGAAACCCCACGUUUCACAUCUAUAACAUAUGAAGAAAAUCUUUCAUAUGAUUUUAGUCUUGAUUCCAUAUUUAGUGCUAUCAUUUUCCCUACAGCUGACUUGGGAGUCAUUUUGAUGGUCUAACAGCACCAGAAUGUAUUGAAAUGAAAGAUAUAAGAUGAGAUUUGUGCUAUAGAGACAGACCUGACUGGUCAAACAAGGAAUUUUCUGUUUUUCAUUAAUAAUAGCAGUGACUUAAUUUGUGCUGUGCAAUACUCAAGUUUUGAAAUGUUUGUACAUUUCCAUCAUAAGUAAGCACUGUAAUUACACAUUUCCAAACAAAAGGGGUUCCUAAUUUGAUUCUACAACAUCAGUAUUUGCAAAAUUAUAAUCUGUUAGAAUGUCAGGCACUGAAAUGCUAUGGAUAUUACACUAUGCAGUCUUAAAAUUUAUGACCGCAAAUACUUUGUAUGAUACUUUGUUUUGAAGAUGUGAACUGCAUCAGCUAGGCACAGUGAAUGAAACCACUAAAGAAUGCCUUUAAAGAGUUAACAGCAAUUUUGUAGCGUAAGAGAUUAAGUUCAAAAUUUGGAGAUAGCUGAAACCUAACAUGUUUUUUGUUUAAUGUGAAAGUUUUGCUGUAUUUCCAGGGAUACAGAUUCCCAUUCUACUGCUAAUGUAUACCUAACUGUAUCAUGCAAACCUUCUAGAUCAUAGUCUAGUAAAAUAUUUGUAAUCAUAUGUUAACUGGGUCAGAAAAGGUGUGUUCAAGCUGACUGAGAAAAUAUGGGAUUGUGACAGUUUAUUGAUUCUGUUGGCCAAAUCUUUGUCUACUAAAAUCAUGCUAACAAUCUAAGUUGACUGGGCUGCUGCCUUCCCUUCCUAGACCCAAGUAAAUAAAUCAGGAAUCCAGUAUUGGCUUGGUUUUGGGAACCUAGGAUUUGGACAACUGUUUAAGAAUCAAGUGGACAUGGGAAAUAAAAAUGACAAAUUUACCAGAAAAAUGCUCUCUGAAUACUAAGUCAGCUAUAUGGUCUGUCUGUUGUUUAAGCAUGUUUUCUACAAUUGCUGUUCAUUUUUGUAUGCUAUUAGCCAAAUGCAUGAUUUCAGUUUUAUAAUGCUAAAAGUUUAAGUAUAUUACUAUGAUACAGAAAAAGUUGUUAUGCAACGUAACAGUUUUACCUGGUAUGCAGGUGUUCUGUGAUUUACCUGUGUAGUACAAAGGAGAGUUUAUAUGUUUAGUUCACAGUUUAUAGCGACUUCCUUUGUUAAUGGUGGUGCUUUAAAUAAAUGAAUUACCGUGAA